AUGAGUUUACAGUCUUCAGAAGAGAAGCCUCUUGACUACAGAAAAAACAAAUGGCAGCGAUUGUUCCGCCAGAAGCGAACCACUUUAUUUCCUAAUGGGGUUAAAAUUUGCCCAGAUGAAACUGUCGCACAAACUGUGGCGAACCACUUGAAAUAUUUCAAAGUCCGAAUGUGUCAGGAAGCUGUCUGGGAAGUCUUUAAGACCUUUUGGGAUCGGCUUCCACGUCGUGAGGAAUAUGGGCAUUGGAUGACUCUCUGUGAGGAGGGAACUAUAAGCAUAUUUGAAAUGGGCACAAAUUUUAGUCAGUCUGAAGAACAUCAGAGCCUAAUUACAAAGAAACUACUUUAUAGAAGAAAAACAGUAAACAGCACUGAAUCAUCAACUCCUGUUACGUCUUAUGAUUCUUCAACAUUAAGAGACACUGCAGCCAAUGCGUCAUCUCCCAGGGUGGCUUCCUUUCAAGAUUUCUCAGACAGCGACUCAGAAAGACCGGAUGACAGUAUUAACAAUGAGAUAGAAACUCUUACUGAAACCCCCCCCAAACUGGCAACUGAACAGGUUGCUGAAUUCAUCAUGCACCUCUCAGGGAAAGAGUACAUUGAAGAGCUACAGGACCCCUCCAGCCGGCAUUACCAGGAGCUUACACAGCAAUUUAUUUCAGAGGUUGAAAAGUCAUUUGAUGGACUACCUGGCUAUAAGGACAUCCAUGUGUUGGAAUUUAGGUCACCUCAGGAAAAUGUCAGUGGCAUCGAUGUUCGCUAUGCUGUCACAUUUGACAGUGAAGCUAUCAGCAACAUUACCUGGGAAAUGAUUAACCUUCAUUCAAACAAAGUAGAAAACCAUGGCCUUGUGGAACGGGAGAAUAAGCCCACUGCAGUUUAUACAAUUAAUAACUUCAGAGAUUAUAUUGCUGAAAGUCUCAAUAGGAAUUUUGUACUGGGAAAUUCUUCCCUGAAGCCGGAUCUUGACUCCCUUCAGUUUAUCAAUGUGAAAGAUGUUUUCUUUCCCCAAACUGAAGACCCACUUUGGAAUGUUGGAAGCCCAAGCCUUCUGGUGACUCAACCCUUGAUCCUUGAUAAGACCCUUCAAGCUGAAUGGCCCUCAGCAGAUGAAUCAGCUGCCAGGAGUAGCUCACCACUUGAUUUCACCAAACCAGGUCUCAUCUUUGGGACUCUUCCAUCCACUGGCAGUGAGCUCUGGCCAAAAUCAGAAAGCCCUCCUCCAGAUUUAGUGUCUCCAUCAAAAUUACCCCUUCCCUGGAAAGUGGGCUCUACUUCUCCCCCAGAGGUUUUAGAGGGUAGCAGCCUUACUCUUCAUUCUGUCACCCCAGCAGUGCCUCAGACUGGCUUGCCUCUGGCUCCUGAGAAAAGGACUUCUGGACCUGUUUUAUUAGGCGAAGGACCAACAAAUGUGGAAGAGCCAGGAGAUUUUUUUCCUUUUGAUCUAUUGACUUCAAAUCCACCCUCUCAUCUUGUGCCAAUGCCAUCUGUAGAUGACUCUGAGUUGCCUUUGAGUUCUCUAUCGACUUUGGCCUCUCCAUCCAUGUUGGAUUCUAUUGACAUAGAAAUCACUACACCUUUUGGCUUGGAUCCUUUGGCUUCCCCAAAUAAGGACCAAUUAGAAGCAAACAUUUUUCAGCCAGAAACAUAUCCUGAAAGUGGACCCAUAUUUGAAAGUCAGUCAGGUUCAGGGUCUGGGCAUGAGCUACUUCCUGGGCCAUGGAGUAAGCCUUCAUUGCAUCAUGGCACAGGACCUCCAUCUGAAUCCUGGUUUGAAAAUGAGGAAUCUACAGUGGCCUUUGUUUCUACUAAUGAUAGACUAGAAAAAAUAGAAUUCUCCCAAGAAGAGAAGCCAAAGGAAAUUUUAGAGUCAUCCAGCACAGAACUGUCUGAUAUAGAUGUUUCAACAGGAAAGUCAAGCAUGGAACUUUUGUGGACUGGGCUAUCCAAGUUCAAUGUAACUCAGUCAACAACUUCUUUCCCAAGGAGACCAACAAAAGACACAUUGGCAAGUACAGCAAAAAAUAUUGACACUCUCCUUUCUAGAGUCUCAAUUUCUGAGUCCACCAAGUUGUCUCCAACCCUCAGCUCCACCAACCUGGAGGAUGAUAUGAUUAUGAAUGUACAGGACAUUUCAUUAGAACUGGAUCCAGUGGGCACAGGAUACUACCAGCCUGAACUCAACCAAGAAGAAAGUAGCAAAAUGCCUACUAAUAUGCCCUCCACAGAGAGAGCCUAUCCAAAUUACUCCCAGACAAAAGGCCCCCUGGUGGUCUUCUUUAGUCUUCGGGUGAUGAACAUGCUAUUUUCAGAAGACUUGUUUAACAAAAACUCUCCAGAAUAUAAAGCCCUGGAACAAAGAUUCUUAGAACUGCUAGUUCCCUAUCUUCAAUCAAAUCUCACUGGAUUCCAGAAUCUGGAAAUCUUGAACUUCAGAAAUGGCAGCAUUGUAGUGAACAGCCGAGUAAAGUUUGCUAAACCUGUUCCUCACGAUGUCAACAAUGCUGUGUAUACAAUUCUGGAAGAUUUCUGCAACACUGCCUACCAAACUAUGAACCUAGCCAUUGAUAAAUAUUCUCUGGAUGUAGAAUCAGGUGAUCAAGCUGACCCUUGUAAAUUCCAAGCUUGCAAUGAGUUUUCUGAAUGUGUGGUCAACCGCUGGAGUGGAGAAGCAGAAUGUAUAUGUUACCCUGGUUACCAGAGUCUCCAAGAACUGCCCUGUCAGAGUGUCUGUGAGCUACAGCCACAUUUCUGCCUGAAUGAUGGAAAGUGUGACAUUAUCCCUGGGCAUGGGGCCAUUUGUAGAUGUCGUGUAGGGGAGAACUGGUGGUAUCGAGGGGAACACUGUGAAGAGUACAUGUCGGAGUCCCAAGUGAUAGGUAUUGCUGUUGCCUCUGUGAUCGGCUUUCUUCUUGUAGUCAUGGCUGUCCUUUUCUUCCUGGCUAAGACCCUGGUAGACCAGUAUGUGAAGAGAGGAAGAAAGGGUUCCCUCAGGAGGGGUGACAGCCCUUCAUCCCUGGAGAACGCAGUGAGGUACAACCCUGUGUUUGAGAGUGAUGUCACUGGCUAUGACCAGUACGGGAGGAGCUACCCUCAGCUUACCUCCUACAGCCCCGCUUUGGGGGAGGAGCCUGCCGACCUCAGCAGGGAAGAAAUCAGGCAGCUCUAUGAGCACAGUGAGCUGAGCAGCGAGGAGAUUCAAGAGAGAAUCAGGAUGUUUGAACUUUAUGCCAAAGACCAACAGUUUGCAGAAUUUGUGAGACAACAUCAAAUGAAGCAGCUUUAACAAAAAUACCUAUUUUGAAAGAAAUUGGAAGAAGAAGAUUGCUUGUUCCCAUUGCAGUGGAGCAUGGCAGUAACUCAGUUUCCUAUAUGUGGAUUUUGUAUGCUGAGGACAAAAAGAAGAAACACUUUUUAAGCAUGGUUGAAUUGGGGGAACUUUUUUUUUUCUGGAUUAAGAUUCAAGCAGGGAUUUUUCACAAACAUUGAAGUGAUUUAAGAAAGUUAAAUUGUAAACUAUAUUGUAUAAAGACAGAGUAUAGGAUACAUAUGAUCAGUUGAGUCUAGGAGUGGAAAUUGCUAUUACUUUAAGUUCUUAGUUAUUCCAUUGACUUCUUUGAGAGUUUCACUUAAUUCUCUGUGCCUCAGUUUUCAAAACUAGAAUAUAGGGUGGGAGUACUACAUAUAGAUGUUGUGAAACAUAAUCAUAAGUUCCUUUUGAUAACUAGGUGAAAAGAGGGAAAAUGGCAACAUAUUGCUCUUUUAAAGUAUCUUUUUUCAAAAAUUAAUUCAUGGAAGCUGUGGUCAAUGCAAUAGCUAUGCCUAAUCUAGUUGAGAACUAAGAAAGUAGGAUCAAAAGGGAAUGAAACUGUCCUUGAGACUUAAUUGUUCCAGGGUACUUUUGCAUGAAGCUUUCUGGUUGCCUAAGGUAUAAAUGUCUGGCACAUGAGUAGUUGGGGAUUUUCUAGUUUGAGGGCUUUUCUGAGUCAAUAAAGCCUUCUGACUGGGGACACCAAUGUGGCAACUGAGAAGGAAGGAAGGUCUGUACUCCAUCUGAACCAAUGUUGCAUCUUUGCUGCAUAUCCUUUCCAUCUGAUUGUUGAAGUAAACAUCCCUUUGAAAAAGUGUUAUGUGAUCUAGGAGUAUCUCAUUUAUUUCCAGCUCUGAGUCAGGCCUGGAUCAGAACAGAAGCCAAAUUUUAAUAUUAUUUAAACCCAAUGAUACAGGACUUUUUUCUAAUUAAAAAACCCAAAACCGAAAAACAUUUUUUGAUUUAGUAUUGUGAAAUGUACUAUAUGUUCUUACUAGCAAGACUUAGAAGUGCAACACUAGUUGUGUCUGUAUCACUGUUAAUAUGUCUGAAUAAUCAAUGUCAAGGAUAGAAUGUAAGUUCCUUGAGGGCAGAGACUAUUUUCAUUUUUUAUCUUUGUAUUUCUAGCACUUGGAACAGUUCUUGCCAUGUAGCAGGUAUGGUAUAAAUGUUUGUUGACUUUAAUUAAAUGGAAUGAUGCAUUUA